AGCGAUAGAUAACGCUCACCGAGUCGGCAGCGGCUUGAGGUAGGAACGGGAGUAGGCAGGAAGAAGGCGCGAGGCCGUAGCAACAGAAGGACGAACGGAAAGGGAGCGGUUGCCUCUGGAGCCGUUUCAAAGGCAAAUCCAGACUACUGCUACUACUAGGCUGCAGCGCUCCAUCGCAUCUCUUUAACUUGUGAUUUAGUGGACUUGGUUUAUUCUUCACUGGAAAACGUGUUACGCAUAUUCACUUAUAUUUCCCCAGCUCGCAAUACGAUUCCUCCAGUGAUCACGGUAUGUGAAAGCAGAAACAAGGCAGUGGAAGUACAAAACUAAGGAAAAUCAAUAUAAAUCGAGACUGUCCGUAAGUGCUAAACACUGGUAAUUCAUGUGAUGUGAAUAGACAGGUAAAGUGAAAAUACUAAUAGAGAGACACUGCAAAGGCAAGUAGAAUGACCUAAAGCUCCCGGUUCCGUCCAUUCACGUGAUAUUUGCACACAGGGCUCAGUAUAUACUGGGCCGUCUUCGUGACUUUGCAAUCCUGAAAGUAUCCCGAAGUGCGCCAAACCACCGUAAGAAGAAGCAGACCACCCACCACCUGUACUAGACAUUUCGACAUAAAGUAACGAAAGAUGUCCCGUCGGCUUGUGCUCCUCCUGGCCUUCGUGGCGGCAGUUCGGUGCGAGGCUGAUGCCAAACCAGAGGCCGAAGCCAAGGCUGAGGCGGAUCCAGAUUACCCUGCCGCCCUGCCCCCAACUACCUACGGUGCUCCCCCAGCACCAUCCUAUGGACCUCCCCCAGCCCACCAUGGGACCCCCCCAGCUCCAUCCUAUGGACCUCCCCCAGCACCAUCCUAUGGACCUCCCCCAGCACCUUCCUACGGCCCUCCCCCUGCCCCAGCCUACGGACCCCCACCCAAGCCAAAAUACUCCUGCCCCAAGAAGUGCUAUGAUAAGACCGUGUACACCACCAUCACUAAGGUGGCUAUGGAACACCACACGUCCUGGAAGACAGCCAAUCAGUACGUACCCAAGACUCUGUACAAGUACGUAACAGAGACCCUGUACUAUCCUACCACUGUCGUCCAGUACGAAUUCGUGACUCAACCUCUCCCCGACCAGGUCGUCUACGAAACUAAGGUGGCUUACAACACCGAUUACAUCACGGAGGCCCACAUCACCACCUACCAGGAAAUGAUGCCCGGCACCCACUACUACAUGAAGACCUUGACCGAGAGUCACUACUGUACUUCCACUGUACAGGUCCCCUACUACGUCACCGUCACGGAGCAGAUCUACAAGACCGUCCAGGAGCCUCACUACGUGACUGAGACCAAGAUCGAGCAGAACUACGUCACCGUCACCGAGGACGAGCCCCACUACGUCACCAAGACCAACUACCAGACCGAGCAGCAGCACAUAUACGUCACCGUCACCGAGACUCAGCACGGAUACGUCACUGUGACGCACACCAAGAAGCAGCCCACUUACACCACAGUGUGUAACUACGGAAGCGGCGGAUAUUAAAUGAAUCACUUCCAUAUUGGUAGAUCGUGGUGUCACGGAUAAAGAAAAAACCUUCAGCAGAUUUGUAUUACUUAUGUUAAGAUUGAUAUUUGUAUGUUUCCUUUGGUCUUUAGUAAUAUUCCCACAUGUUUACACAAGCGAUGUCAAACGAAGGGCUGGUCCCUAAGUAUAGUUAUAAUAUUGUUAUUAUAUAUAUAGCUAGUUUAUAUGUCUAAGAUGACAAGAGGCAGUACUGGCUCACUCCGGGCGAACAGGUGGCCUCCAGAAGAAGAUGGAAAGCUCCCUAUUAAAUCAUCGCCAUAAAAUCACACCAAUGUGCAAGUCACUGUACUUGGAGAUGUUUGGGAAGAGUCACUGUACCAGAAGCUCUACGCACGAUGCUGCGCAGUUCACUGUCGAAAAGACUGUGCUUACUAAAUCAAACAAAAUCGAUUCCAACACUCUUCCUCUGGUCGCCUGAUCCGCGGAGGAGGUUCAGCAUCGCCUCUUUUUCAAUAUUUAUCGAACUCUCUAUUAAUUAAGGGCGGCGGGCGGUACGGCAGAUGCUCUCGGGCAAAGACAUCUGUCACAAUCACCUGUCAACAAAUGUCAUUAUUCUCUAAGACUGUUUACCCCCAAAACAAUUCAACUGUGUGUAUAAUGUUAUGUAUAAUAUAUAUAUGAAUAUACAAGACUUCAUUUUUCUACUGACUCAACACUGGGCAUCUUUUUUUCAUUGUUUUCUACUCGCUCAAUACAAUACCAUAUUUUGUAAUUAUAUAUAUAUAUAUAAAUAUGUAUUUUCCUUCUUUUGUAAAUACUGCCUAACUGUUGAAUCACAUUUACUUUAGUUGUACUAGUUAAUAUCACCUUUAGUUUACCUGUAUAUUACAUCAGGGAUGUUCAGAGCGUUGAUGAAGGAAGUGACUGUCCUCCUCCCCUCCCCACUUUUCUCUCACCACCUCCCCCGGCCCCAACCCAGUGAUGUAAUUGAUGUCUGAUAUCUUUGACCUUUUACUCAAACUUGAUAUUCAACUUUGGUAAAUGGAAAGAGCUGAAACCUCAAUCAGCUGCAAUCACGAUAUCCGGAAGGAAUGAAAAAAAAAAGUAAGAAUAUUGAAAGCAUUGCGGUUUGUUAUUAUCAAUCUUGAAGAAGAGAAUAAUAAACUAGUCGUUUCUUGGAUACAGGCAUCACUCCUUCAUGAAUGCUUUAAAAGGCAACAAAAAAAUCCCUGAUAACCACAAAAAACAGUUGUUUAUUUGUUUGCUUGUUUUCGUGUAACCAAUGUCCACUCACAAAUUUCUGUUUGUUGUGUCUAUUCUAUUUUCACGUUUCAUAGCAUUUUUUCUUGCGCAUAUUAUAUAAAUCUUUUUUCAGGGAUUUGUGUAUUUUCCUGUAAGAUUCAGAAUAACUGUACUGCACAUACAAGCCAGUUUCAACCAGAAUAAAAGAAAAUCCUUUUUUAAA